AUGACCUCCGAAGGGGUCUUGUCACCUACGGCACUCCACCCCGCGAUUGGUGGCCCUCAAGAUUGCGAAUCCCAGGCUUCCCAAGAUACUAAUAAGGCCGGCAUCCUUGACCGCCGCAAACCAUCCAGCGCUGUGCAACAACUCUCCUUGAACACGGCCAACGCAUCGCCCUCUGUGGACGACCGGCGUACUCCAUCCACUGCUGUUCCGGCCUUGGGUGGUGAAUCCUCAACUUCACUCACCUCUGAUCACUCUGAUAAUACUUGGCCUUGGGUGGCAGCACCAACCCAGGAGUCCCAAUUCAGUCACCGACGGAGCGCACCGUCUUGCGACUCCAUUCCCCGUCAGACGAUUAUAAAGGCAUUGGCAACCGUUAGCCGGAAAAGCAAACCCGAAGCCCUCUCGCUCGACAACAUGCUUGCGACAAAGAUUGCCGCCGACGCCGCCCCUGGCUCUGCAGCGUCGUCGCAGAGACUCGCGGAUGCCCUCCAGGAUUUAGCCCGAAAACAGUCUACGCCUACAACGGCCUUGACAGCCAUGAAAUCACCAUGCUUUUACCACCAGAGAUUUGACGAUGCAGUUGACAUUCAAAAGGUGUUGGAAGAAAUCAAGAAUGACGAGUGGAUGUCGCAUUCACGACUAGUUCAGACGGCCACCGGCGUUCGAGAAGUCUCCAAGCAGUUGCAACGUCGCCCCAUCAAGCGAGCCGUGCGCAAUGUCAUGAUUGUCACCAAGGCCCGAGACCACCAGCUCGUGUACCUGACCCGUGAACUUACCACUUGGCUACUACGAACCCCACGAUACGGUUCAGAUUUAGGAGUCAAUGUCUAUGUCGACGCAAAAUUGCGCAGCUCAAAGAGGUUUGAUGCAUCGGGCAUCCUGGCAGAGAACCCUCGAUUCGAACACAUGCUCAAAUACUGGACCCCGGACCUGUGCUGGAGUCAACCGGAAAAGUUUGACCUAGUUCUCACUCUCGGAGGUGACGGGACCGUUCUGUUCACGUCAUGGCUCUUUCAACGGAUUGUUCCGCCAGUAUUGUCGUUUAGCCUUGGCUCUUUGGGUUUCAUGACGACAUUUGAGUUCGAAAAGUACAAGUCACAUCUGAAUCGAGUCAUGGGGGAUGAUGGUAUGAAAAUCAACCUGCGGAUGCGGUUUACGUGCACUGUGUGGAGGCACGAUGCCGAGGGUGGCCACGUUGACGAGGGGGAGCAAUUCGAAGUUCUCAAUGAGCUCGUUAUUGAUCGUGGCCCGUCGCCCUAUGUUUCCAACUUGGAACUCUAUGGCGAUGACGAGCUUCUCACAGUCGUCCAAGCAGACGGCUGCAUCUUUUCUACUCCGACAGGAUCCACGGCGUAUUCAUUGUCAGCCGGAGGAUCUCUCGUCCACCCCGACAUACCAGCUAUUCUCUUGACACCCAUCUGCCCGCACACCCUGUCGUUCCGGCCCAUGGUACUAUCAGAUACCAUGGCCCUGAGGGUCGCCGUACCCCGCAACUCUCGGGCUACUGCGUAUUGCGCUUUUGACGGCAAAGGUCGAAUCGAAUUGAGACAAGGCGAUCACGUUACCAUUACCGCCUCACAGUACCCGUUCCCCACGGUCACCCGCACCGAUACAGAGUGGUUCGAUAGUGUCAGCAGAACGCUGCGCUGGAACGUCCGGGCGGCGGCACAGAAGCCCUUUGACCCCAGCGCUGCUUCUGAUGGCAUGCUUUCUUUCGACGAGGAUGAUGGUUCAUGUUGGGAUAUAGACACGGACAGCGCAUACUUUCCCAGUGAAGAAGGGAGCGUCAGCGCCAGUCCGAUUAGGCGACAGAUGAGCAUGCUGGGAUUAUAA